AGAAAAACAAAAAAAUGGCUUCUACAUGGAACACAAAGAUACAUGGCUUCUUCCUACUACUAGCAACAACAGUAGUAUCUAGUCUCGUCUUCGCGCACCCGAUCGACGCAGCUGGCUACACCUCCGCCGUCAGACGUGUGCCCGUCUUCCGGCCGAGCAAAUGGUCCCUCGCCCACGCCACAUUUUACGGCGACGAGACCGCCUCCGCAACCAUGGGGGGAGCUUGUGGGUACGGAAAUUUGUUCCAAAACGGGUACGGAACCAACACGGCGGCACUCAGCACGACGCUGUUCAACAACGGCUACUCCUGCGGUGCGUGCUUCCAGAUAAAAUGCACGAAUUCACCUCACUGCUACUCGUCCUACGGCUCCACGCCCUUCAUCACCGUGACCGCCACCAACAUCUGCCCUCCCAACUGGUCCCAGGACUCCAACAACGGCGGGUGGUGCAACCCUCCCAGAUCCCACUUCGACAUGUCCAAGCCGGCCUUCAUGAGGAUCGCCAAUUGGAAGGCAGGGAUCAUCCCCGUCAUGUUCCGCAGGGUGCCCUGUGCCCCGAAAGGCGGGAUCAGGUUCCAGUUCCAGGGCAACGGUUACUGGCUGCUGGUGUACGUGAUGAACGUGGCUGGAGGAGGCGACAUUGCUCAGAUGUGGGUGAAAGGAAGCAGGACAGGGUGGAUCAGCAUGAGCCAUAACUGGGGGGCUUCGUACCAGGCGUUCUCGAGCCUGGGUGGUCAGUCGCUGUCUUUCAGGGUCCAGUCCUACUCGACUAAGGAGAUCAUCUAUGCGAUGAAUGUUGCCCCUUCGAAUUGGAAUACUGGGUCGACUUACAAGUCCAAUGCCAACUUCCACUAA